AUGAAGACCCUUGCCGUGUUUUGUGUUACCGUCCUUCUGUACUCGGCAGUGACUGGUGAGGAGGAAGCCAAAUCUUCUGAAAGUCAGGAGCUUCAAGCUGAAGCCACAGGAUAUGGUGGGGGAUAUAGUGGUGGCUCAGGAGGACUUGGAGGUGGUGUAGGAGGACUUGGGGGUGGCAUAGGAGGACUUGGCGGUGGCGUAGGAGGACUUGGCGGUGGCGUAGGCGGACUUGGAGGUGGCGUAGGAGGACUUGGAGGUGGAGUAGGAGGACUUGGAGGUGGCAUAGGAGGACUUGGAGGUGGCAUAGGAGGACUUGGAGGUGGCAUAGGAGGACUUGGAGGGGGUUUUCGAGGUUUUGGAAGCUUGACGGUCCUUGCUAUUCCCAUCUCUCUUGUGCCAGUAGGCGGAGGAGGUGGUGGAGUAUUUAGAGGUGGAGCUGGGGGUGGUGUAUAUGGUACUGGAAGAUUGGGAGGAGGUGUUGGAGGAGGAAUUAGAGGAAGAGGUAUAGGGGGACGUUACAGAAAAGGAGGAAUUUGGUGGGACUAA